AUGGCAUCUAGCAGAAUAACCGAACUGGCAGCCGCAAUCCAAGCCAACACAAGCAAAGUCGAAGAGUAUUUCGCGGCUCAGGGCUUAGAAUCACCUUCUUUCGACGCUGAAUUUCCCUCUGGUCUUCCACCGGAAGUUGAAAGAUCACGCUAUGGUGUUCUCGAGGCCGCGGACGAGAUCAUGGACUUAAUGGUUGGACCUCGAGGGAUUAUUGAAGGGUUCCCUGGACCUCAGCAAACCUCACAUAUCGGGAUCCAAGCGAUCAAUCGCUAUUCCAUUGCAAACAAAGUAGGGUUAGAUGAAGAAGUAAGCUUCACAGACCUUGCAGAAAGAUGCGAUCUUCAAAAGAAUGACUUGACUCGAAUCUUGAGACAAGCAAUGUCUAAGCAUGUUUUCAAGGAGCCAAAGAGGGGCUAUGUAGCUCAUACCGCUGCUUCGAAACUCCUGAUGGAUUCUAAAGAUCUGAAUGACAUGCUCUAUAUCGCGCAUGAUAUCAUUUGGCCAGCUUCGGCACAUUUAUUGGAAAGCAUAGAUAAAUGGAAGGGAUCAGAAGAGCACAAUCAUACAGGAUAUAAUAUUGCGAGCGGCACAACAGAGUCGUUCUUCGAAAACACUAAGAAGGAUUCUCGUCUCGAAGAGGCAUUCGCAAACAACAUGAAGUACUGGCAGUCACGACCAGGCUUCGGCAAUGACCAUUCGCAUCUACUAUCUAGUUUCGACUGGGCCUCCGUUGAAUCAGUCGUCGACAUCGGAGGUGGAACUGGUGCUACAAGCGUUGCCCUCACCGAGAGAUUUCCCUCAUUACAUUGCACGGUCCAAGACAUGCCCGAGGUUGUGAACCAGGGGAAAUCUCAAAUCUCGUCAGAGGCGGCUAGUCGCAUCACUUUCAUGACGCAUGAUUUCUUCCAGGAACAACCGGUCAAGAAUGCGGAUGUCUAUUUUAUGCGAUGGGUCUUGCAUGACUGGUCGGAUACAAAGGCUAUAGCAAUCAUUCGGUAUCUGAUUCCGGCUCUGAAAGGAGGGGCGAAUAUCGUGCUUCAGGAGUUUUUAUUACCGGAGCCUGGUAUGCUGCCGUUCUAUCAUGAGAAAACAACGCGGAACAUGGACUUGUCGAUGAAGGCUUUCUUGAAUGCGAAGGAGAGGGGAGUUGAUGAUUGGAAGAAGAUUUUCAGCGAUGCGGACCCUGGGUUUAAGUUUGUUGGAGUCAAGAUGCCGAUGGGUUCAAAUCUAGGCGUAAUUCAAGUACGAUGGGAGCCAUCUGUGUGA